AUGAAAGACUACCUAGUUGAACUACCCCUCAUGAGUGAGUGUCUGCGGAGGCUGGACGCCUGUAACAUAUCCCUGCAGGAUUACCCCGUGCAAGCCCUGUCCAAAGCCCUCCACACCAGCAGACUGACUGUGCUGCACCUUGAAAACACCUGCCUGAGUGGUAGACCCCUCUUCACCCUCGUUGGUAGCUUGAAGAAGAACACAGUUCUCCAGGAACUUUACCUGUGUGACAAUGAGCUCAACAGCUACCAGGACUCCAUGCAGCUGGGACUCCUCCUCAAGUACAACCGCACACUCCAAACCCUCGACCUCAGCAAUAACACGAUAUCCGACUCUGGCCUUGAGGAACUCUGUGAUGGUCUGAGAGCUCAGAAGUACGGCUUGAGGGCGUUAGUGCUGUGUAACAACCAAAUUACUCACCGUGGCAUGACUCAUCUAGAAAGUGUUCUGCCCAUGUCGCGAUCACUGGAAAUGUUGGACCUCGGCAGGAACAACCUGGAGAACCAGGGCAUCCACAUCCUGAAGGAAGCACUCAUAAGCAACCGCUCUCUGACCCAGCUCAUACUGGCAUCGGUUGGGAUAACGUGUGAGGGUGCCGUGCUGCUGGCGGAGUUCCUUGCCGAGAGCCGCCUGCUCCAGACGCUGGACGUGAGGCACAACCACGUGCUUACUGGAGGCCUGAUGGCGUUCGCCUUGGCCCUGAGGAUCAACCGCUCCCUACUACAGUUAGAACUGGACCACAACCCCAAGGAGGAGACGGACGAGUUCCUGAUGGAAACCCAGAGGAGUCUGCUGAGCAGGAUCUCGGACCUGUGCGUGGCAAACUCCGUGGCGACCUCUCAGGCGGAGCUGCGGCCUGUCACCCUGUCCCCGGCAUCCCUCACUGCUACUCCUGCCCAAACGGCUGACUAGCGGAUAUAUAAGCAUAAUAAUUCUAUUGCAAAUAACCAUAACCAUAACGCUCCCCUGGAUCCCUGUGGUAACGCGGGUGCUUCUCUCCCUAAUGAACUGACGGCCUCCCCGCUGUUUCGAGCCUAAUGACCCUGCCGAGGCUUUCACCCCCUUUCCAUAAAGCAAUUUUGUGAGCCUGCUCUGAACAUGAAUCACCUAGAAAUGAAGAGAACUGUUUCAAAAACCUCUCAUUUCUGUCUCUCUCUUUCUUUUUUUUUUGGCCUUCCUGUGGGUGAUGCAGGCUAAAUCUGUGUUGAUACUGUGGCGUGCGGUAAAUCCUGUUUGCCCGGGCGCCGGCUUCUCGUCACACGCCGAGGCACUCUCCCUCAGCCCUCGUGCCUCCACACACUAAUGUGGCGGAACGCCGCUCUGUCGGCCGGAGCGGCGUUCCGGAGCACCUCCAAGCUCCGCUCGCGCAACCGAGGCAGAAAACAUGAUGCGUGGGAAGAGGAACAUAUGCGAGGACGAAGAGGGCGCGAUUUACCUCUGUUCACUCAACUCGUAUCUGAUACUGCAUUUAGUGUGUUACACCAUACGUUUAAGCCCAUGUGCAAGUUUUAAUGUGAUUUUACAUUUAGGGUGUAAUGUGAAGCAUAUGGGUGUAUA